AUGAAUACUUGUUCUUUCUUUUCAAACUAAAAUUCUAAAUUUGAAUGGAUGUUCUCAAAGUUUCCCAUCAUUAAUUAGCAAUACUAGUUAACAGAUGAAUUCAAUGUUGUUAGAAAUGGAGUUGUAAAACAAAGAUAAUUUCAUUUGAUCAACAACUAUCUGAUAAUCAAAUCUAAAAAAGGGAAAACCAAAUGGGUAAAUUACGAAAAUGCUAAAUUAGCAAUCGUCAAUGAUGAUCUACAUGGAUAUGGUUUAUCAUUAUAAAAAGGUAAUGAUAAGUUUGACUUUUUUGGUGAUGUAGAAAUCUGGUUUAAUUCAAUGAGAAGAUUUGCUAUCUAAUCAGAUUUCGACUUUUUCUAUGUUUUAGAGAAGUAAAUUGGAAGUGGUAGCUUUUCAUAAGUUUUCUUAGCCAGGAAUAAAUACGACGGACAUGAAUACGCUGUCAAAUAUAUAUUGAAAAAAGAGGAGAUUGUUGAAAUUGAUAAGCAGUAAUUAGUGAAAGAGAUCUCAAUUCUUCGCUAAUUACAACAUUAAUCUAUUAUAAAAUUACACGAAACUUUUGAAACAAGUGAUGCCGUGUAUCUGGUGAUGGAAUAUUUUAAAGGAGGAGAUUUCUUAUAAUUUAUUGAAGAGAAAUAAGACGGGAUGUUUACAGAAGAACAAAUAGCAAUAAUUAUUUAUAAAUUAUUAAAGGUUAUCCAUUACUUACACCAAAAAGGAAUCAUGCAUAGAGAUCUAAAGCCUGAAAAUAUAUUAUUUAAGGAAAAAGGAGUGAUAGAAUCUUUAUGUCUUGGAGAUUUUGGAUUAGCUGAUUUUUAUAAUAAGGAAGGUAACUACCUAUUUACAAGAUGUGGAACACCGGGCUAUGUGGCCCCAGAAUUACUAUAAGAUUAAUAAUACGACUAUAAGGUUGACAUUUUUAGUAUUGGCAUAAUAAUGUUCAUAUUAUUGACCGGUAAAGAACCCUUUUAAGGUGACUAUCACUAAAAAGUGUAAUCAAACUAUUUUGGAAACAUAGAUUUAUCGAACAUAAAAAACUUGACUGAUAUAGGAAAGGACUUCCUUAGGAGAAUACUAUAAGUUAAUCCUUAAAAAAGAUUGAAUGCCAACCAAGCUUUAUAUCAUUAUUGGUUUUAGAUGUUUAAAUUAGCAAAACCCAUGCUCUUAAAUAAUAAUAAUAAAGUUAAGAGUAUGAAGAGAUUGUCCUAAAUUGAAAUUAAAAACCCUUCAUUGAAUACGCUUGCCCUUAUCAGUCCAAGAUUAUCAAGACAGUAAUCUAAAGACAAAGAUAAAGGUUCACUUCCCUUAAGUCCUAAUCCACAUCUAUAAAAUUGCUUUACAAGUCGCCAAUAAUAUUCACCUAGAAUGAGUACUCAUUUUACACUAAAUUCUUUGGUUCUUGCAAACAAAGAAAAAUAGUGUCUUAGAUCUAGAAUAUAAAAUUUGAUGAAAUAUUGA